AUGGCUUCCACCAACCCCGUUGAGGACGCUAUUCGGUCCAAGGUGACCGCUGCCUUCUCCCCCACCACCCUCGAAAUCUACAACGACUCCCACCUCCAUAGCCACCACAAGGCCAUGGCUGGUAGCACCUCCAAGGAAACACACUUCAGACUUGUCAUUACCUCCGAGUCUUUCAGGUCCAAGAUGCAGUCCGCCCGCCACCGUAUGGUCUACGCCCUCUUGCGCGAGGAGAUGGCCCGCGAGGGUGGGAUCCACGCCCUUCAGCUCAAGACCCUCACUCCCGAAGAGGAAGAGAGACAAAAGGCCAAGAAGGCCGCCGAGGCCCAAGCUUCCGAGGACUCGACCUGA